GCACCCGGAGAGAUUGCUGUCAUCUCGCAAGGGAAACAAGAAUCCGCUCGGCGAGCGCUCGCUAUUUGCCAAUGGAAAGGGCUACCUGCUCUUCCGACCCUGUUUCAGUGGCGCGCCUAGCGGCGAAACUUUGCACUUGCGACAACUGUGGUGGUCGUGGCGGUUCAUUGUUUUUCGACUCUUCACGACAGCAAGUUUUUGGAGUUACGGGAGUCUCGUGGAAAACGGCUUGGCUUUGUGAGACGGAGCUUGGCGAGUGCUAUCGGAGCCUGACCCGAUCCAACAGUUCGUAUGGAACCGAAUCAGUGUUCAGCUCAUGUACGGACCUGCUGAAGGUGGCGUUCCACAGCGCCGUGGUGCUGUCCAUAGCGGCGCCCAUGUUUCUGCUGUGGGCCGCCUGGAGGGUUGUCACGGGCGUGGCUGCCCUGCCCCCCCACCUGUACCAGGCUGGAGACGACCUGGUCUUCAACUUCUACCAGCGCGUCCUCAUCAUCCUCAUCGAGGAUAUUGUCGGGUGCAAGGUGUUCUUUCACGGUGACAUGAGCGACGUCGUGCAGAAGAAGGAGCGAGCCUUCUACGUGGUCAACCACCAGUCCACAUUCGACUGGGUGGCGGUGAACAUCUUCGCCGAGAGGACGGGCUCCCCGGGCCAGCUGCGCUACAUCAUCAAGCAGAGCCUGCAGUCGGUGCCCCUGUACGGCUUCUACUUUCACCAGCACGGCUGCAUCUACGUGAACCGGCACCAGUUCAACGUGCGCAAGAUGCGGCGCUCCCUGGCCUACCUCACCAACAAGAACAUGCCGUCGAGCCUCGUGAUCUUCCCUGAGGGAGCUCUCUUCGAGCCAGGACACACGGCCAAACUUAAGAAGAGCUACGAAUUUGCGCUCCGUCAAGGUACGAAAUGUGCAUGA